AAGCUUCACACAACUUCCACAUUCUUUCACUAACACUCUCUCUCUACAAAAUGGAUCACAAAAGUAAAACGUUUGGAGAGCAAUGGUGGAGGUCAAAUCCAGCGUUUAAACCGCCUGAAACGCCAUUAGAUUCUAUGGAGUUUUUGUCACGUACUUGGAGUACUUCCGCAACUGAAGUUUCGAGAGCCGUUGUCGCGUCUCCUCCGACUUCUCAACCGCCGCAAAUGCGUUUCUCGGAGAUCCAAAACGGUUCUUGUGACGUCACUUUGGUGCCGGAAGAUGAAGAAAACGGCGUCGUUUCUGGAAAUACUUUUUCUUUUGCUUCUUCUGAGACUUCAUUGAUGGUCAUGGAACGUAUCAUGGCUCAAUCUCCGGAGAUUUCAUCGCCACGGACCUCAGGGAGACUUUCACACAGCUCAUUCACCGACAGUCCUCCGAUCUCUCCUUCCGACAUCGAUGACUUUAAGCAAUUCUACCGUGUGAGCCCAUCCUUUAAUGGGCACAUACGUGGUCCAUCAGCCAUUCCCGGUACUGUCGGAGGGUCUAAAACUGUUGGCCGUUGGCUAAAGGACCGGCGAGAAAAGAAGAGAGAGGAGACGCGUGCACAAAACGCACAGCUCCAUGCGGCUGUAUCUGUAGCUUGUGUGGCUGCCGCUGUGGCUGCUAUUGCUGCAGCCACUGCCUCUCAGUCGAGUUCCGGAACUGACGAGCAAGUGGCCAAAAAUGACUCCGCCGUGGCUUCUGCCGCGACUUUGGUGGCCGCACAGUGUGUGGAGGCUGCAGAGAUUAUGGGAGCUGAUCGUGAGCACUUGGCCUCCGUUGUUAGUUCUGCGGUUAAUGUUCGUUCUGCCGGAGAUAUCAUGACGUUGACCGCCGCUGCUGCCACAGCUUUGAGAGGAGCUGCGACAUUGAAGGCGAGAGCAUUGAAGGAGGUAUGGAACAUUGCGGCUGUAAUUCCGGUAGAUAAGGGUAUACCAAAAGGCGGUGGUGGUGGUGGUUAUAGAGGAGGCGAAUUAGCCCCCGAAGAUAAUUUUCUCGGGGUUUGCAGUAGAGAAUUGCUAGCUAAAGGUUGCGAACUGCUUAAACGCACCCGCAAAGGUGAUCUUCACUGGAAAGUUGUUUCGAUCUACAUAAAUAGAACAAAGCAGGUAAUAUUGAAGACUAAGAGCAAACAUGUUGCUGGGACCAUUACAAAGAAGAAAAAGAAUGUGGUGGUGGAAUUGGUCAAGGGAUUACCGGCGUGGCCUGGCCGGGAUUUGCUCGAGGGCGGAGAGAAUUUGAGGUAUUUUGGACUAAAGACGCCGGAGAAAAGAGUGAUUGAAUUCGAGUGCAAAAGCCAAAGGGAAUAUGAUCUUUGGACACAAGGUGUUUCCAUGCUUCUUUCCAUUGCUUCUGAUAGGAAACAGAAAUGUUGAAUUAAGGUAUAGUCUUGGGGUAAAGUCACAAUGAAAUGGAAACUAAUGGGGCAAAUUUGUAUUAUCGAUCUUUCUUGGUGUGUCUUUUUCUUUUUCUAGCUAAAAGAGUUAAUAGGUCUAAACCGUCUAAUAUAAUAUGUUUUUAAGUAA